AUGAAGUGCAUCGUUCUAGUCGCUCUUUCGUUUGUGGCAGCAAUCAAUGCUCAGCCUCUCGGUUUGGGUGGUAUGGGACUUGGUCUCGGCGGGAUGGGAAUGGGGCUGGGUGGAAUGAGAACAGGUAUAGAGGGGAUGGGUGCCGGUCUAGGUGGGAUGGGAAUGGGUCUGGGUACUGGUUUGGGAAUGACUGGACUGGGAACCGGCCUGGGUGUGGGUUUGGGGGGAAUGAGCGGAGGAUAUGCUAACGGCGCCGGCUACGGUGGACAACAGUUCGGUGCCGGCUCUAGUGGUGUUGGCAACCAAGGAUUCAACACAGCUGGCCUGAAUGGUUUUCACAAUCUGGGUGGUCACAACAAUAGGGUAUUAUCUAUAAACCAAGCGGACAGUUCUGGCUUCCACAACGUUGGCGGUGGAUCUGCCUUGAACAAUGGCGGGUACGCUGGCAACGGGUACAACGGAUAUCAAAAUGGCGCCUCACAGUUCGGCAAUGGCUUCGGUGCGGGCUCUCAGUCAGGAAUGAUGAUAUAA